AUGCAUAUCUAAAUUGAUUUAAAGAGAGACAUUAUGAUAUAUGAUUGCAUUGAUAAUUAUAAUUUAGAUGACGUUAGAAAAGAACUAUAAAAUAAUUGUAUUAGUUGCUUUAAAAAUAACAAAAACACUAGAAAUCUAAAUACUUAAAAAAUUGAAUACUGCUUAGCUUGUGCUUAAAUCCUCCUUUAGAAAGAUUCAUGGGCUUAAAUAUUAUAUUGA